UUUAGGGCCGUGAGCUGGUCCAAUUGGUGCGGGUGACUUUGAAUUUAUUUGUCUGUUUAUCUCCUUGGUUCAGUUUCAGACAAAAAAAGUUGAAACGGCAAACGAGUGGCAACUGUAGGAGGAAGAAGAGGAGAAAAUGCUGGUUCUGAGCUCUCCAAACGGGCCUCUGUCAGCCAGGAGAUGUACGCUUUCAUCCCCUUCACCUCUCAAAUUCGUGGCCAAGCCAACUUCCACUCCCUUCUCCUACCCCUUCUUCAUCCCCAUCUCCAAACGCCGACUCCGUCUCCCCAUUGCCAAAGCCGAUGGCGGUCUCGAUUCAGCCUCUGCUACUAAACCUUCUUCAAUCUCUCCUCCUCCUCCCUUCCCCAAUGAAGAUACCGUUCUCGUCGGUCAAGACACUGUCCCUCUCGAGGGCGUUAUCCAGUUCGAUAAACCCAAUUUUUCUUCCCGUCUCCGCAGAUGGGGUCGUCUGGGUUUACUUGCAGGUGGGGAUGUACUGGCGUUGUUAUUGUUCUCUGCAAUUGGAAGAUUCAGUCAUGGGUUUCCUGUCCUCGGCAUUGAAACUUUGCGUACUGCUGACCCUUUUAUUGCCGGAUGGUUUUUGAGUGCA